UCAGGGCAGCGCGCGCGCAGGCGUGCGGAACGAAGCUUAGCGCGCCGGCUGCUUUCGGCGGCUCUGGAAGAUUCCGGGAUGAAGAGGCAGUGGAGCCACCCGUCGGCCACGCUCCCGCUGCUUGUCGCCGUGUCCCUGCUCCUAACGUUCCGGUGGUGCUGCCUGCGCCACGCCCAGCAGGCUGCUCCUAGCCGCGGCGGCGCCGACGCGCCGGCCGGGGACGCGGAAGGCUACGGCUACGGCUACGUCGACGCCACGCUCGCGGAGCUCGCGGCCGUGGAUCCAGCCGCGUCGGCGGUGCUGCGCGCCGCCGAGGCGCUGCUCGAGGGGAACCUGACGAGGGCGCCACCGCAGCUCCGGGACGCCGCGGUGCGGGGCCUACGCGACUGGAUCGGCCAGCAGCGGCGGUUCGACCCCGGCGUGAUGGCGGAGCUCGUGGACCUCAUCAAGCGGCCCAUCGACCGGUACGCCGCCGGCGGGGCGCGGCGGGACGGCGAGGGGCGGCGGCGGCGGCCGUACGCGUCGUGCGCCGUGGUGGGCAACAGCGGAGUCCUGCUGGCGAAGGAGCACGGCGCGCUCAUCGACGGCCACGACCUGGUGAUCCGGCUCAACAACGCGCCCGCGGGGGAGGCCGGGGGCGGCCGGCUCGCGCGCCACGUGGGCGCCAGGACGGGGCUCGCGUUCCUCAACAGCAACGUGCUGAGCCGGUGCGCGGAGCGCGGAGGCGGCGGCUGCCGGUACUGCCGCGCCUACGGUGACGGUGUGCCCAUCCUCACGUACAUGUGCAGCGCAGAGCAUUUCGUGGAGCACGCGGCGUGCAGCAGCGCCGGCGCGGGCGCGGCGGCGCCGGUGCUAGUGACGGACCCGCGGCUGGACGCGCUGUGCAGCCGGAUCGUCAAGUACUACUCGCUGCGGCGGUUCGUGCGGGAGACGGGGCGGCCGGCGGCGGAGUGGGGGACGCGGCACGAGGAGGGGAUGUUCCACUACUCGUCGGGGAUGCAGGCGGUGGUGGCCGCGGCGGGGGUGUGCGGGCGGGUGUCGGUGUUCGGGUUCGGCAAGGACCCCGGCGCGCGGCACCACUACCACACGAUGCAGCGGGGGGAGCUGGACCUGCACGACUACGAGGCCGAGUACGAGUUCUACCGGGACCUCGAGGCGCGGCCGCAGGCGAUACCAUUCCUGCGGGACUCCGGCUUCACGCUGCCGCCGGUGGUGGUCUACCGGUGACCACGCGCGGCGCGCGUGCACGGGCACGCCAGUCAUCAGCUUGUCCUGGCGCGUGCGGACGACGUACGUACAUUCGUAGGGUUCGUGCAUCAGCGUCAUUGAUUUUCGAAGAAUUUGCUAUCCAGCCAAAAGGUUACACCAAAGUAUGAGAUGGAACUCAAAUUUGUGUUUCGUCACUGAUGAAGGAAUUACAUGUACAUGGAAAUUUGGUACUCAAGUCGCGAAAUUUGUGUUUCGUCACUGAUGAAGGAAUUACAUGUACAUGGAAAUUUGGUACUCAAGUCGCUAA